GGCACCUCCUUCAGUCCCUGGGUGCUCGCUGGCGGGGGAGGCUGGGACCGUUAGCUCGCCAGGCUGGCAGGCUCUGGGCCGCGACUCCACUGGCGGUCGGGAUGGAGACCUUGCGAGCGCAGCGGCUGCAGCCUGGAGUGGGCACCAGCGGGAGGGGCACUCUGCGAGCGCUUCGGCCCGGAGUGACUGGGGCCGCUGCCGCCACCGCCACACCCCAGGCGGGCCCCCCGCCGGCCCCGCCGCCCCCCGCACCGCCCCCGCCGCCUCUGCUCCUGUCCGGGGCCGCCGGGCUGCCGCUGCCCCCCGGCGCCGCCGGCAGCCCCGCAGUGCUGCGGGAGGCCGUGGAGGCCGUGGUGAGGAGCUUCGCCAAACACACGCAGGGCUAUGGCCGAGUGAAUGUGGUGGAGGCACUUCAGGAAUUCUGGCAGAUGAAACAGUCCCGUGGGGCUGACUUGAAGAAUGGGGCUCUAGUGGUUUAUGAGAUGGUUCCCUCCAACAGUCCUCCCUAUGUCUGCUAUGUCACCCUGCCUGGGGGAAGUUGCUUUGGGAGUUUCCAGUUUUGCCCCACAAAAGCUGAAGCCCGGCGGAGUGCUGCAAAGAUUGCGCUGAUGAACUCUGUGUUUAAUGAACAUCCUUCCCGAAGAAUCACUGAUGAGUUCAUUGAGAAGAGUGUCUCUGAGGCCCUGGCAUCUUUCAAUGGCAACAGGGAGGAAGCUGACAACCCAAAUACAGGGAUUGGUGCCUUCCGAUUCAUGUUGGAAUCCAACAAGGGCAAGUCAAUGUUGGAGUUCCAGGAGCUAAUGACAGUUUUUCAACUGCUGCACUGGAAUGGCAGCCUUAAGGCCAUGAGAGAAAGACAGUGCUCUCGGCAGGAAGUGUUGGCUCAUUAUUCACACCGGGCCCUAGAUGAUGAUAUUCGCCACCAAAUGGCAUUGGACUGGGUGAGCCGGGAGCAGAGUGUGCCGGGAGCGCUGUCUAGAGAGCUGGCCUCUACUGAGCGGGAGCUGGAUGAAGCCCGGCUGGCAGGCAAGGAGCUGCGCUUCCACAAGGAGAAGAAAGAUAUUCUCAUGCUGGCUGCUGGGCAGUUGGGCAACAUGCAUUCUUCCAAUUGCUAGGCAUCUACCCACAUACUCUCCAGGCCCAUUUUUUAUAUGUCCUUUCUAAGACUUAGUGUGAUUUCUGUACAUACUUUCUCAAUUUUAUACUUUAAAAUACAAAUAUAUACAUACAUAUAUAUAUAUAUAUAUAUAUGUAUGUAUAAAUUCUACACCUGGAUUCCUAUUUGCUGAGAGAUCCCUUUUCUUACUUGUAGUUUUUGGAUGUAGUUGCUUUUAAAACAUCUCCACACCACUUUACAAGAAGAGCAGGCUGUCUUUGGAGCUUUGUUAGCUCUUACACUCCAGUAACUCUGGGUAGUCAUUUCAAUAGCACAAAAUGAUUGACUAAUUGUUCAUGUCUCCUUCUUUUAAAAUAACAGGGAGCUUGAAUAAGGACUGUGUGCCCCACCCUCACCCUCAUUCCUGCUUUCUCUUGGACCCAACAGGACAUGAAAAUGAAGACUUCGGCUUUGGUUUAUCUUGAGCUGGGGCUACUUGGUACCAAGUUGUUCCUCCAGUAACUAGAUAUUUCCUAACCUACACCACCCCCUCCACACCACUACCUGACUCCUCCUCUGCCUCCAAAUGGUACUUCAUUUUUGGGGCUUCCUUACUUUAUUAUUUGGAAGGAAGUGGAGAUCUGGUUUCUUAUUUUUAAAAUCAUUGCUGAGAAACUGCCCCAGAAACAAGAGAGGGAGUAUAAACACAAUCUGUAGGGGUUUAUCACCUAUGUUGCUUCUGGGGAAUGCAUACCAUACCAUACCAGUAGUCCAGAUUUCCAGAUGUACUCUACUCUACUGAAGGGGUCAGGGUUGAAGUUGCUUACCUUUCAGUAUUCUUUUUGUACUCCUCCUCCUCUGCUCACCUAGCUUAGUUAAGCCCUGGCUAUAGAUCUUCCUGCCUGCAAAGAUUGGUAGAAGGUAAAGCAUAUUUCCCUCCUUUUUCUCCUCCCAUCGUUUUGCUCUUUGGAAACAUUAUCUGUCCAAUUUGGUGAGGGCUACGUUCCUCCUACUCCCACGAAGUGGCUGCUGUUUACGACCUUAGAUGUAUAUACCUUAGAUUCACAUUUGUUUUCCCUCUUUUAUUUCUUCUUCCUCCACAUUGAUUAUUAGAGCAUGAGUUGACCAGAAAAAUUAGAUGAGACUUUGGCAUUAUGGCACUUCCUAAUUGGAACCAUGAGAGACUGCAGGAGGGGAAAGAGAAUCAAUGAUCAGCUACUUGUGUUUUUAAUACUAUUCUCUUCCCCCACCUCUUUCCUGGGUAAAAUAGGAGAGAAAUGAUCUGGAGUACAGCUAAAGCAUUUCCCUUUGGGAGAAUUUUUUGUAGAUCUCUCUAAGAUAUAUUUUCUCCUUGUUUCUGUAAUCGCCUUUAUACUAUAUUAUAGCUCAGUGCACUUCCUAAACUGAGUUUGGGAAAUUUAAUGUUCCUGCAAUUACACUUUCCAUUUUACAAUUAUACACUUUGCUUUUAGAAAUGGGUUAGGAAACAGGCUACAGUUUGCUCUUUUGGAUCAGAUAGGGAAAAGAUGAAAGUCAGCUUUCUUGCUUUUGAAAUCAUCUUAGUGACCAGUACAUAUGGGAUCAGAGGCAAGGAAUCUAGCAACAAUUGUGUUAGUGCUUGAAAGGGAUUUCCUUGAAUUCUCCAAGUUCCAUCUCUGUAUUCCAUGAAGCACAUGUAGGGUUGGAGCAGAGGCUCCUACAUUAAAUAAUAGGUGUGUCUAUUCAAUUUUUAUUGAUAUUUAUAAUCCGGAUAUCAUAAACCCUCAUUUCUCCUUUGCUCUUUUCUCUGGGAAGUGUUAAGGGGUGUUGAGUUACGGGGAGAACUUGUCUUUGCACCUCCUGGAUUAUUUUUCUCAAAUACCAACGAGUAAGAUCCCAAAGAACUUGAGAAAAAUUGUUCCCUGAUCUGUCCACUGUUGGUGUUAAAGUUUUACUUACCUUUUAGUACUUUCUAUGUAUUUUAUAUGUAUAAUUUUAUACCAUUAAAAAUAGAUUUUUGUCUAGUGA